CUACAUUGAUGCGAGGUAUGGCUACUAUCGGACUUAAUAACGUAGGAUUUCAAAGACCAACGAUGUCAGUUAAUGAUCCAACAAAUAUAAGUACUUUUGUUGAAGUUGAUACAACGUCAAAUGAAAUAGACCCCGAAUCUUUAAUAGAUAAUUCACUAGUGACAUCAUCAUCAUUGCCAUCGAAUACUCCGUCAGCUCAAGCAUCAAUUUCUCCCA